CAACUCUCAAGUUGUAACUAAAAUGGAUUCACAUGCACUGUGUUGUUUAUCGUAUCCUUCCAUGCUCACUAAAACCAACCACCACAUCCUCCCUUCUCUCUGGAACACAACAACCCGCUGCAACAAUCUUCCCUCUCUCGCCCUCAACCCUCGCACUCGCAGCAGCAGAUGGUUGUUCAAGCUGGAAUCCAGCAAGAGCGAGACCUUCGACGCGGCGGCUUUCGAGGCGGAGAGGCUCGCCCUUGACGCGGAGGCUCGCCGUGACAUGGAGGCGGAGGCUUCUUCCCUCCGAGACGACCCGAAAGCUUGGAAAUGGGUGAUCCGAAAGAGGAUUUGGGAUGCCAUGGAAGCCCAGAAUUUCGCCCAAAAUCCCCGACCCGUUCACCACCGGAUCCCCAAUUUCGUUGGCGCUAAUGCUGCCGCUGAAAAGAUGAGGGGGCUAGAUGUGUUUCAGGUUGCACAAUGUGUGAAGGUUAAUCCUGAUUCUCCUCAGAAACAAGUCAGGUUUCUCACUCUCUCAGAUGGAAAGAAGUUGUUAACUCCUCAGCCACGACUGAGGACAGGGUUUUUCUCUGUACUUGAGUCGGAUAAGUUAAGUAUUGGCACCAUCAAGGAAGCCUGCACUUCUGUUGGGGUUGCCAAGCAUGGACGGCCAAUUGGGUUAGAUGAGAAGAUAAAGGUGGAUCUUAUUGUUAUUGGAUCCGUUGCUGUUGACCCGAGAACUGGUGCUCGGUUGGGAAAGGGAGAGGGAUUUGCAGAACUUGAAUAUGGUAUGCUGCGGUACAUGGGAGCUAUCGAUGAUUCAACACAAGUUGUUACCUCAGUGCAUGACUGCCAAUUGGUGGAUGAUAUUCCAGUUGAGAAGCUGUUAAUCCAUGAUGUACCAGUUGAUAUCAUUUGUACUCCCACCCAGGUCAUUUUCACACGCACAUCAAUACCAAAGCCUCAAGGAAUUUAUUGGGACAAAUUGUCUCCAGAGAAGCUGGGACAGGUUCGGAUCCUAAGAGAGCUCAAGAAGAGGAUUGAACGAGAGACUGGACAGAAACUUCCAACUGGUCCAUCAGAAAAGUUACCCCCUACUGCUCAACGAAGUCGAAGGGGUUAACAAUGUGAGUUUUGAUGGAUUUGUGUAUAUUUUGCAAAUGUUUAACAAGUUAUGUACUCUAAAUCGUUUAAUAAGUUUUAAAAUUGUUUAUGUGUAUAUAUAUCAUUAAUGUUUUAUUA